UCAGCCCAAAGCCAGCCAGUGUGCGGUACGAGAGGUGGGCUGAAGAGAGCGGCGCCGCGACACCACCACGAGCUAGUGUCGGACGCACGAUCAGUGUCAAACAAGAAUGGUGAAUCGAAAGGCCGCGCAUGAGGUGCUGGUAGAGCGACGUGUGCUCUUCGUCGUCACCGGCUUCCUCACGUUGGGCUGCCUGCUAUGGAUUAUCGCAAUGUCUACCGACUACUGGGGCAUUGUGGACGGUGGGACUGGUGUCUAUAUCCCGUCCUCUGACCACUUCUUCCUUCGCUCCUAUACGGGCAUAUGGAGAACCUGCAGGACAGCCUAUGAAAAUUCGUCCAAGGAAGUUAUCACGGAUCUGUGCACGACUCACAGGAUCUUCACAAAAGCCAAGGUGCCUCAUAAAUCCUUCAUCGAUUACCAAAGGACAGUCGCGUCGUUCUCCAUUAUCAGCCUGAUGGUCAUACUGAUGGGGCUGGUGUUCUCAGGCUACACCUUUACCCACACUCGCUACAUGUACAAGCGCCUAGCAGCAUGUAGCCAUCUUGUUGCAGCUGGAUGUGUGUUGAUCGUGAUAGAGGUGGCCACGUCGCUGUUCCACUACGCUGCUCACCACAUGCCCGACCGUCAUCCUCCUAAGACCAACUGGCACUACGGCUACUCCUUCAUGCUGGCCUGGGUCACCUUCAUAGCGGAGGCCACAGCCACCGUCGCCUUUGGAAUCUGCUCCCGCAAGAGAAAGAAGGACAAGGCUCCGGACGACGAGUAUGCCAUUGACGAGGAGCCAACCAUCAUAGGACGAUAAAACACUGGAAACACGAGGCUGCCGCAGUAUUUUUGUGAUGGGAAGGUCAUGAACGUUUUUUUUUUUUUUUUUUUUGUUUCUCUUAUGCAUGUUACAACACUGGAUGUUUGUUAUAUAGUGUUUUAUAAAGAGGGUUAUUACUCGCUGCACUGACUGACUGCAUUGGGAUCGUUGGAAUUCACACUUCGAAACAUAUGCACGAUAGGCGCAUCAAUUAGAAGAGAUUAAAGAAGAAAACAUGAAUUAACAAUUAGACACUAGAAAAUUGUAAUAUCACGACAAUCCCCGCAUCACCACCAUGUUACCAUUAGGCUACAAUAAUUCUAACAUCAUCAUUAUCAUCAUCACACCUACAAUUCCAGUGCAGGACAAAGAUAUGAUCUAUACAAGCUGUCUGCCAGUUCAAAGAUAUCUAAAUAAGACAUCUCCAUUCUGCCUUACAACACACAUCAUUGUUUCAACUAGUCUACUCAUACUCAAGCAGAGAAGUUCAGUUUAACAAGACAAUUCAAGAUAGAAAGGCAUUUAAAGAUUAUAACUAAUAGAUCAAGGUGAUCAAUGCAAUACCCUCCAACUCAGAUCAGCUCAAUUAGCUAGGUAAUUCAAUAUAGAUAGAAUGGUAGCUAAGGGCUAUAUCCAGUUGACUUUAGAUGAUUACUACUGUUUCCUGACCUGUGUGGUGUAAUCAGUCAUGCAGUUAGCAAUAAUCAAAGCCUACAAAUGCGUACUCUAAGUAUUAAGGCCAAUGUAUUUAAUUCUUAAGAUGUUUACUAUUGCUGUUAUUGUUUUAUCCAUCUUCAUCCAUUACCGAAUACACACUGCAAGCUUUUGAAGAUUCGUAGAUGUAGUUGAAUCAUUCUUAUAAGGACACAGUGAUCAUGUCCCUUUCGAGACACUGAAUCGAACUGGCUUCAGAAUCACCCACUGACAUGUAUUUUAUGAUAUACGUGUAACUUUCGUGCUUCUGGGAUAUAUAGUACUGGUUCAUGCAUUAUAACUGUUCUGGUAGUCAAGUCAAAGAAAGUCUAAAUAUAAACAACAACAACAACAACAAUAACAACAACAAUAAAAUCCUUAGUUAUUCAUAGCAAAGAAUCCGUUAUAAUUAGAAUGAUUAUCAUGAUUCCGGAAACGUAUCCUCUGUCACUUCGCCUCUUACAAAUAAUUAUAUCUUUUACAUAGAAAAAAGACAAUUGUUAUCCGGCUAAGGUUUAGUAUUGGUAGGUGGAAAGUCCUAAGCUUUGAUUCGUUCUAGUAUUUCUCCCAGUGUAAGAAAUUAAAUAAAAAGAAGUUGCUACGAUUCGAAGAGUAAUAUUCGAAACAGUGACACUGGUAAUGAAGUUGCCAAGUAAUCAUGAUGAAUGGCCACCUGAGCUAAGCCACAAGAGAGAAACCCGAACUUUCUUAAUCAAAACUUCGUACCUUGAGUAAUCAGGAACACAAGGCAUCAGUCUGAGGUAACCGAAUCAUUUCUGUGGCGACGCGGAGAAACUGAAUGCUGGUGAUCUUGGCUGGCCAGACACCUUGCUUGAUCGAUACAGUAGCGAGGUGAUAAAAUAGUGCUGGGGACUCUAUGCCACAUUGCUACUGGUAAUUGCUAGUUAGGUCUUCGUCCCACUUAAUUUUAUGGUUAUCUUCCCAGGCUAAUUGCAUCACGGGUAGUUUAGAUUAAAGUGUGGUGGUUGGUUGGGUCGACACAUCAAUACUCGCUUCUUGUGGCCUGAUUACUUUCUCGUGUUCGUCUAGCAUUAGGGUGAACGAUCUUUGAGGAAAAUAUAACACACGGGAUAAUCAGUCUGCACAAAACUUGAGCGAUUCGUUGGUUUUGUGCAUCCCCAUUUACUUGUUGUGGCUUGGUAACUUUUUCGUGUUGUUGUGGCAUUAGGGUGAUUGAUUUUUUCUAGGGAAAUGUAACAGAGGGUAUAGGUAGUGUCUCAGAAGCACAACAAGUUACAUAAUCACAAUAAAGACAAUUCUUGGCGGGGUACUUCCGAUAUCAGCCAUUUAGUGGUUAAUUUUUUUCUCCCAAAGGCUUCACAAUCAUUUAGAAGUUAGCUGUGUUUUCAUUUCUUGUUAAAAGUGCAUUUUCUUCUUGUUAAGUGUUUGCUAAGUCCCAUGAGAUAUUUCCCUCAUUCCCUCCCAUAGCUGAGAAUAAAACUAUUCGACUUCAGGCUUACAAAUUUAUACAAUAAUACCAGCUGCCUUAUUAUACCAGAACCUGAGUUUCAAAUACUUUAGUAUCUCAUCAUGACUCACUAACAGUCUGUAUUGGAAAUAUAGCAGUUUUUAGGGGCUUUUGAUUAAUCUGGUAUUAAACUAUAUAUAUAUAUAUAUAUAUAUAUAU